UUGGGAGUUCAUCUGUGUUCUAGGUGAUCCAAGUGUAAGUACUGAUUUUAAUCGUGACUGGGAGAGGUUCCUAAAUGUUGACGAUUCUGGAGUAAAUCUUGUGUUACUUGAAACAUUUUGUGUGGGAUGAAUCAAAAUCUUAGUUCCGUUUAUUGGAGAAUAUAAAGCAUUCUCAUGACGGGACAAUUUUGUUUUAUUUUGACUGGAGAGUAAUCGGAAGAUUUUUAAAGUGCCUUCAUUGCAUAGAUAUGGGGAUGGGCACACUAUGGAAAUUAACAUUCCUUUGUUGUAUCACAGCUUCUGUUUUAGGAGGACAUAAUCCAUGCUGUUCAUAUCCAUGUGAAAACAAUGGAAUAUGUAUGACAAGGGGAGAUAACUAUUACUGUGACUGUACAAGUUUAGAGUUCUAUGGCAAACACUGUGAAAUCCCCACAUUUAUGAAGAAGAUUAAACUGUUUCUAAAGCCUGACCCAGAAACAAUACACAAUCUUUUGACUGGUAACAAAUGGUUAUGGGAUAUCGUCAAUAGUGUUCAGUUUUUGUCAAAUGCAGUCAUGAAGAAGGUUUACACAAUGAGAUCUGAUAUGGUUGACAGUCCUCCCACGUAUACAUCUGAACAUGAAUACAUCACAGUGGACGCCAACUUUAAUUAUAGUGUCUAUACCCGCACCCUGCCUCCCGUACCCAAAGAAUGCCCCACUCCCAUGGGUGUCUGGGGUAAGAAGGAACUACCACCUGCUGAAGAAAUAGUAAAGACAUUUUUUGUGAGAAAAGAAUUCAUUCCGGAGCCCAUGGGGACCAGUGCACUGUUCCCUUACUUUGCUCAGCACUUCACACACAUGUUCUUCAAAACAGACCUAAAGAAGGGGCCUCAAUUUCAGUGGGGAGGACAUGGGGUAGAUGUUUCACAUGUCUAUGGCAAGGAUAGAGAUUCAGAAAACAACCUAAGAUCAUUUAAAGAUUGCCCAUGA